GCAGUUCGCUUUCCUAGCGAGAGAGAUACACGCUGACGGAAGUCCUUUAGGGGAUCAUUUUAACGGUAUUGGUGGCUGAUCGGGAACUGACAAGUAUGGACCCUUCUGAUCCAGAUAAAAAAGAGGUCCGGCGGCCAAUGAAUGCUUUCCUUAUUUUCUGCAAGCGACAUCGGUCAAUGGUGAGAGAAAAGAACCCAAAUCUAGACAACCGGAAUGUAACACGUAUCCUUGGUGAUUUGUGGGCAAACCUAAAGGAGGAAGAGAAAACACAGUACACAGAUUUAGCCAAGCAGUAUAAGGAUGCCUUUAUGAAAGCCAACCCUGAUUAUAAAUGGCACAACCCAGAGAAAGGAAUGCACCCCGCUGGCCUGCUACCAAGGUCCCCAACAAAAGGCAUGGGACAUGAAAACUUUGACUUUUCAAGAGCUGACCAGUCAAUUACUCCUGGGAAGUUAGCAGAUCCUUCUGACAUGGGUGGGUUGAGUCUGUUAUUUAUGGCUGGUCAACAAAAUCCAUCCAAACCAACCACUGUAAUCCCAGCAGUGCAGCCUACCAGAGAAAAGAUGACCAAUAUGGAGACUGGUAGAAUGUUACCUCAACAAACUCAGCAUGUGAGUGGAUCAGACCAGGAACACAGCCCAGAGAAAGAGGACAAAAAUACUGUUGUAGCUUGUGGAAAAAUGGUCAUGGACUCUAUCAUUGAUCAGCUGUAUUACUCAAAAUCAGACAAUUCACUAGUGGAACAAAGGAGUGGACAGUUUACCAUGCUGACAGAUAAACAGAGGGAAAGGUCACUUCUCCAUGACCUCUCUGUAUCUAGGGAUGAAAUGGAGAGGAAGUUGCUUCUUAAUCAACAGAUGUGUCUGGGGUCUGGGGUGGAUCCAGCUAAGAGUUCAUGGAUGGAUCCUAGAAGGUCUGCUAUGCUGAAUGACUCUGAUAUGAUGAAGAAUGAGAUGUCAGCAUGGUCUGGAUAUAAAAGAAAAAGGUGUUAUUCUGAAGGUUUUAAAGACACACCAGAAAUGAGCACCUUGCAGCCUUUUGUGAAUCCUUAUUACAAGAAGGCCGGGGAUUCAAGCAGUGAUGUAAUGGAUGAUGAAGGAGAAAAUGACCUUCAGCCUGUGAGGAAGUCCAAACGUCGGAAUAGAGGGCAGCGAUAUCAGGAGCUGAUUAACGAAGGGAUCAUACAGCCCUCUAAAGACAGGCAAACCAUCACCAAGUCACCGGAGGAGGCAGCCAGAGAGGAGCAGAUGACUUUACAGAGAGACAGUGAAUUCAGGGAAGAGGAGCAGAUAAAUCUGAAUCCAAGAGAGCACCUGCGGUUUGACGUUCUGUCUGUUUAUCCUAGACAAAUUAGGAAGAGAACACAAUCAGAGUCUGAGAAGAUCCGCCUAGAAGACAGUAGCAGAUACAAAACCGGGGAUUUUGACUUGGAAGCCCACAUAGCCACUCUUCCUGCCUGCUCUUUAGAGAAGGUAGCUAAACCAAAGAAGACAGCUCCAAAACCGAGGACCACAUCAGAAAGCCGUACUUCCUCUAUAAGCAGUGACAGUAACUCUGCACCUGAAAUAAAGUUGAUCAUACCACCUCAUCUGAAAGUAAAAGCAGAGGAUCUUCCUUCUGAGCCAGUUGUGGGCAGCAGAAAAAGGAAAGCCAGAAAGCACUCCAUAACACACCUAAUGCCUGUUACCACAGAGCAGAAAAGAAAUGAACUUGUUGAUACUACAAUCAACAAAAAAGAGGAAAGUUCAAAGGCUGAUCCUAUUGACGAGACCAAACAAAGUAAAUCAGAAGAGGGGACUAACUUUACAGGAAUUAAAAAACAGAGUGAAAAUGUUGACAGUGAAAAUAACAAUAACACUUCAGACAUACGAGAAGCAAAAUUAAAUAACCAGGAGGAAAAUGUAUAUAUUCAGGAAAGUGUGGGAGAAGGUGCAGAGGACAUUAAACCAAAUGACACUGUUACAGAUAAGCAGACAGACAGACAGGGUGUGGACCCACUCACUAAUCCAUCUGUCCAUCAGGAAAAUUCUCCACCUGGGGAUAAUAGUGUUCAUUUGACUGAUGAAGAACAAAAUAAUUAUCUAGAAAAAGGUUGUGAUGAAGUCCUUGUUGGGGUUGGGAAUCAGAUUCCUUUGGGAGGUGUGGAAGAUGCUAGUCAGAAAGAGGUUGUGAAUCUUGAUAUGAUAAGUAAUGUGAGUGUUGCUGGCAGUACUUACAGGGAUCUCUCACCGGAGAACUCUGUAGACUUUGAUCAAUCUAGUGACUUUGACAGAAAGGAGGUAGAAGAGCAAUCCUUAGAUGAAGAUAUUUCUAACUCCUCCGGAAAAGAGGAAAAAACUUUAGUGAGUGAAGAUGAAGUGAAGGACGGAUGUGGUGAUGAUGAGGUUACUGGUGAAGAUCCUUGUUAUCUUCAGACAGACACUAAAAAUGAAAACCAAGGGAUAUCUCAAGGAAGUCUUGGACAACCAUGUGAAAGCCAGGUUGCAGAGGUGAUCAGUUUCCACAUGGAUGACACCAGAGGUGAAAGGUCGCAGGUCACAAUACAGAAUAGCCCUCUGCCCACAGCUGUUGUCAACUCUUAGUGGGUUGUUGAGACUGCUGACAAAUGUUUGCCUUUAUAGCUAGUAUACCCAUACAUUUGUCAGCCACUGUUAUUUAAUGUUGAGAUAUUUAAGUUGAACCUGUUAAAACUGUUCAAGGAAUUCGUUGUUAUUAAAGUCUGGUUUGUUACGAAAAAAGAAUAUAUCAGAAUGCCUGUCAUUAUAAGGUGUUCUGAUGCAUGUUUUUUUCUGUUGAUUAUAAUUAUCAAAGAAAUUUCUAUGUAUUGUUAUCCACUGCAUGUCUUUAAAUUUUAAUGAAAGAUGUGCUAUUUUAAUGUUUGUUGUGUCCCAUAUGCAAAUCUUACAGAUCUCUUGCAAAGCAAACAUUCAGAUUUUGUAGGCGGCUAAUGUAGCUCAUGUCCAUUACAUUUCCAGUAGCGAAUUGUGCCAUGUAUCAAAAGUGCUUUUAAUGUUAAGCUAUUAUUAAUUGUUAUAAUGUGAAACAUGGUUAGCUUGGUGCAAGCAUUGUCAAAUGUAUCAU